AUGUCUUCUUUGACUGUGUUGACUCUAUAUGACAACAGCUUGAGUGGUGGUCUUCCAGACAAUAUAUGCCAACAUCUUCCUAGUCUUCAAAUCUUGAGUUUGGCUCUCAACCAUUUUGAUGGUCCACUUCCAUCCAAAUUAUGGCAAUGCAAGGAGCUUCUUGAACUUAAUUUGGAGGAAAACAAUUUCAGUGGAAGCAUACCAAAAAAUAUUGGGAACUUAACAAUGAUGAAGAUGAUAUUCCUUGAUAUCAACAAUUUGACAGGCACUAUACCAGACGAGAUCGGUGAUCUUCCAAAUUUAGAGAUGUUGUCAUUGCAAGGUAACAAUCUCAAUGGCCUCAUCCCAUCCUCAAUCUUCAAUAUCUCCACGAUAAGCGAAAUAUCGCUUUCUUUUAAUCAGCUAUCGGGUAGCCUCUCAGCAAACAUGGGCCUUGGGCUUCAAAACCUACAAUACCUUUAUAUAGGAGCAAAUGACCUCAGCGGAGUAAUCCCCAACCUCUCCAAUGCUUCUACGCUCAUCACGAUAGAUAUGAACGAAAACUCAUUCACAGGGUUUCUUCCAAGCACGCUAUGUGCCUUAACAAACCUUCAGUCGCUUAGGUUAAAGAAUAAUAAUUUGACGAUUGAUACUUCGACUCCAGAAGCAAACACUCUCUCUUGUUUGGCUAAUCUUAGAAGUUUGACAAGAUUAUCCUUGCCAGAAAAUCCAUUAAAUGCCAGACUUGAUGAUUCCUUUCGGAAUUGCUCUACAUCGUCGCUUCAAUAUAUUUAUUUAUACAAUUGCAACAUGAGGGGUAACAUUCCCAUUGGUAUUGGAAACUUGAGCAGCUUGAUAGUCUUAACUCUGAGAAACAAUCAAUUGAGUGGAUCAAUUCCAACUUCAUUGAGAAGACUAGGGAAUCUCCAAGGUUUGUUCUUGAAUGAUAACAAGUUGCGAGGGUACAUCCCAUAUCAACUUUGUCAAUUAGAUAACCUAGCUUACUUAAUUUUGAGUAGUAAUCAGCUCUCGGGUUCUAUACCUUCUUGCUUGGGAAAUCUAACCGCAUUUCUAAGAUAUCUAUCAUUGGGGUCCAAUUCGUUGAGUUCCACAAUACCAUCUACUUUUUGGAGACUUGCCUAUAUCUUGUAUGUAGACUUGUCAUCCAAUUAUCUAAUUGGACAUCUCUCACAAGAUAUUGGAAACUUGAAAGUUGUAACACAGAUAGAUUUAUCAAAUAACAAUUUAUCUGGUAUCCUACCAAGCACUAUUGGGGGUCUUCAGGAUUUGGUUAAUCUAUCCCUAGCAAAUAAUAAUUUGGAAGGCCCUAUUCCAAGUUCAUUUGACAGGUUGCUAAGCCUGCAACUCUUGGAUUUGUCCAGAAACAAUCUGUCUGGAGUGAUUCCCAAGUCUUUAGAGGCUCUGUCAUUUCUCAAGUAUAUGGAUGUGUCUUUCAACAGGCUCCAAGGAGAAAUUCCAACGGGUGGACCGUUCCAAAACUUCUCCGCUCAAUCAUUUGUCACAAACAAAGCACUCUGUGGUGCAGCCCGACUUCAGGUUCCACCAUGCAAAAAUGGUACAAUUGAACCAAAUUGGAGGAAAGCUAAAUAUAUCAUCCCAGGGAUCAUAUCAGUAAUUCUCUUUGUGGCCUCUGUAUCUAUCUUUGUACUAUGUAGGAAAAGGAAUGUGGAUGUUGUAGGAGAGGCUACCUCAUUGCCUCAACUUCUUUGGAGAAGAGUUUCACAUCUAGAACUUCUAAGGAGCACAAAUGGAUUUAAUGAAAACAACCUACUUGGAAGUGGGGGUUUUGCUUCAGUAUAUAAAGGGACACUUUCAGAUGGAAUAGAUGUUGCAGUAAAGGUUUUCAAUUUACAGCUAGAAGGGGCUUUCAAGAGUUUUGAUAGGGAAUGUGAAAUGCUAAGCAAUAUUCGUCAUAGAAACCUUAUCAAAAUCGUCAGCUGUUGCAGUGAACUUGAUUUCAAAGCCUUGAUGCUGCAUCUGCACUGGAAUACCUACACCAUGGUUAUUCAAUACCUAUUGUGCACUGUGAUAUGA